AUGUCUUCUUCACUUUCUAUCGAUGACGGAGAUAUCCUCGAGCGUCUCCAACAGCGCGCCGACCCGAAAGUGCACGAAGAGCAGCAAAAGGCCAUCGAUGAACGAGUGAGGGUCAUCUACGAGAAGGCGCAAACUCGCUUAGGUGAACUGAUUGAUCAAAAUUCCACUCUACCAUGUGUCAUUUCUUCAGUGCAGAUUCACGGCGCUCGCCAUACUCGCAGAAGCUUUCUCGAGCGGAUCUUCAACUCUCUGCUUAGCAGCAAUCACAAUAGGCCAUAUACGCUCUCUGAAGCUUUGCAGGAAGUAUCGGCACGUGCGGAUAAGCUGGGCAGAUUUGAUGUCUAUCAACAGCCUAUUUCAGUAUACCUUGAUCAGUCGUCGCCGGUCGAUUCUCAAACCGGCCUCCCGAACAUUGAUGUCCUGCUGUCGGUCAAGGAGAAGUCCCGCGUCUUGCUGAAGACGGGUACUGAUCUCGGAAAUACUGAAGGAUCCGCCUAUGGUAAUCUCCUCUGGCGCAAUGUAUUUGGGGGUGCAGAGAACCUGAAUUUGAAUGCUUCGCUGGGCACUCGGACAAGAUCGGCUUACCAGGCCACCUUUGACACCCCGCUCUUUAGCGAUCCGGAUUUCCGCUUAGAGCUUGGUGGAAUUGCCAGCGCCACACAAAAGUCAUGGGCCGGCCACGAGGAGGUGCUGAAAGGAGGAUGGAGCAAACUCCGCUGGAUGAGCUCGUCCGGUCACCACCACGAACUGGGGUAUAAUGGUUUUUGGAGACAAAUGACCGGACUUUCCGAGAAUGCAUCUUCUACAGUUCGCGCCGACGCUGGAGACAGUGUGAAGAGCAGUAUCUUUCAUAGCUGGACCAAGGACCGAAGAGAUAAUGCGUUGCUUCCCUCGCGGGGCUACUAUGCCAAGACUUUCAAUGAAUUGGCUGGCUGGGGUUUACUCAAGGGUGAUGUCUCCUUCUGGAAGUCGGAGAUCGAAACACAAGCCGCAGUUCCCGUUCCCGUUCCAGGUGUCAAGGGCGACAGUGGCAUCAGUUUCACAACUGGGUUCCGUGCAGGACUUUUGUAUCCUCUGGGACUUGACUUGGACUCCCGGCCUCAGUUGUCUCGCGUCAAUGACCGUUUUUUGCUUGGAGGCCCUACAGAUGUGCGUGGUUUCCGUCUUUGUGGCCUCGGACCUCAUGAUGGAGCGGAUGCGGUUGGAGGAGACGUGUAUGCUGCGGGAAGUGCCAACUUACUGCUUCCCCUCCCCCGAGUUGGUGCAGAUAAACCUUUCCGGCUACAAGCGUUUGUGAAUGGUGGUCGCCUGCUGCCACUCCGAACAGCAGGUAAGAAUGUCCCAACCACCAGCGCUGAGGUGAAAGAUGCCAUGGUCUCGACCAUGUCCGAGUUGACAAAUGGCUUGCCCAGUGUUGCCGCGGGUGUCGGUUUGGUUUAUGCCCAUCCUGUCGCUAGGUUCGAGUUGAACUUCUCCCUGCCGCUAGUGUUGCGUAAAGGCGAAGAAGGCCGCAAGGGCCUCCAAUUGGGAAUCGGCAUCAAUUUUCUUCUUCUUCCCCCGCCCUUGGCCGCAAUGGCCCAGUAUUAUCCGCAACAGCAGUCUUAUGAAGCCCAGGCUUCUGCGCAGAACCUCCAAUUCUACCCGUCAUCGUACCAGUCCGUGUCUGGCCACACAACUCCUUCUCAGGCUUCCUAUGGAGGCUUCGGAGGCUCCUCUAACCCGGCCGCUCAAGCGUAUCCCGUCGGCGGGGUGGGAGGCGGAUAUGGUGGCUUCGGCUCUUCGUCCGCAGGAGUGAGCGGAAGGAUGGGUGAACAGAGUGGUUUACGGACGGGAUGGCUUGCCGCAUUUGGUACGGAAGGAUAUGACGGGGAGCCGCCGCUUCUGGAGGAGCUAGGCGUCAAUUUUGAACACAUUCGUACCAAGACCUUGACCGUUUUGAAUCCCUUUGCUCGUAUUGAUCAGCAUCUCAUGGACGAUAGCGACCUCUACGGUGCGCUGCUCUACAUUGUCCUCUACGGCACAUUCCUUCUACUGUCCGGCAAAGUCUUCUAUGGAUAUAUAUACGGCGUCGCGGUGUUUGGCACGGUGGCACUACAUUUGAUUCUCAGCUUGAUGUCGCCCGCGCUCGACACGGCUCCCGUGCCCAAUGCCGCAGAUCCCACCAACUACUCUCCGCACCACAAACCUACCAUGUCGGACGCCUCGGCCGCCGGCCAUUUCUCCGCCACGCUGACUUUUCCCCGCUCCGCCAGCGUCCUUGGCUAUUGUUUCUUGCCGUUAGUGCUGACGAGCUUGGUCGGCAUUCUCGUUCCCAUGGAUACCAUGUUCGGUUAUCUCCUCACCACUGCCGCUGUCGGCUGGUGCACCUACAGCUCGUCGGGCAUGUUCUGCGCCGUCGCCCGCAUGCGCGGGAUGAGAGGUCUGGUCGCGUAUCCGCUGGCGCUGUUCUAUGUGGUCUUUGGGAUCAUGGGCAUUUUCUCUUCCCGCGGAAGUGGUACCCUAGCUGCCAAGACGGGUGCUGCCUGA